AUGAGAUCACGGGAAACUACGCCCAUUUCAGAGAAGGAGCUGAUUCGGAAACGUCGUGAAGAGCUGAAACAUGCACAGGAUAUCCGUGAGAUGUACGAAAACAAGCUGAAACGAACCAACAAAAUGUACUCGAAGCUAACCGAUUGUAUGAACGAGUUGUUAUUGAAGGAAAAGGAACUAGAGCAGCGUAUCCGUUUAUGGGAUGAAACGCAUCGUUACGCAUCGUUCUACCCGAGUACGAGCGGCACACGUCCUACCGUAGUUCGAGCUGGACCACGGACUAUGAGGGGAUCAGAACAAGACAUCUAUUGUACUGCUAUCGAUCCACAUACCUAUGGUAUGGAAGUGUCAUCGAGUGAGGAGGAUCUAGUCGAUUAUCACCGUAACUCUCCUUAUCGAUGCAGUCAGGCGAGCAGGUAUGCGACACCCUUGUCAGUCAGACAUGCAAAAAAACUCGCUCGGGGGCAUUCGAGAACCACUGGGAACCAGGACUCACAGUGUGCUGAAGUAACGGUCCAGCUCCAUCCAUCUAGAAUUCAACACCUUUUUGAAGGCCCCCCUUCUAUGCAUUAA